AUGGCGGAUUCGCUUUCCAGAGGAUUCUUCGCAGGUAAUAACACCUUGUGGAAAGCUAUCCUGUCUGCCGGAAUUUUUCUCUACCUCCUCCUCGUUCUCUAUUCCAACAGACAGAAUCCCAGCGUGUUCUUCAUCCGAUGGCCGCCGCCGGCGGAUAUUUCUCCGAUCGGAGACGACGGGGACGGCGACCGGACGAAUCUCAGCCACAUAGCGUUCGGGAUCAUGGGCUCCGUCGCGACCUGGCCGAAGCGGCGGGGCUACACGGAGGCCUGGUGGCGCCGGAACCAAACUCGCGGCUUUAUCUACCUCGACCGGCAGCCGCCGCCGGAAUACCUGCCGUGGCCGGAGACGGCGCCGCCGUACAGGGUGGUGGACAACAUCUCGUACCUGUUCCAGACCGUUAAGCCCCGGUUCGAACUGAUGCCUAGAAUGGUCCACGGGAUCCUGGAGCUUUUCCGGGAGGAGGACCGCGGCGGCGCCGGCGGGCUGAGAUGGAUCGUGAUGGGCGACGAUGAUUCGAUUUUUUUUGUGGAUAAUAUUGUGGAUGUGUUAUCGGAAUACGAUCAUAAUAAGUAUUAUUAUUUGGGUUGGCAUUCGGAGAGCGUGAUUUCGAACUACUGGUUCUCGUUCGAUCAGGCGUUCGGCGGCGGCGGGAUUGUUCUGAGCUACCCGGCGGCGAAGGCGCUGGCGGCGGACAUGGAAGGGUGCCUGGUGAGGUAUGCGAAGAGCAGUUCUGCAGAUUUGAUUACAAUGACUUGUAUUGCAGACAUUGGUGUCAAUCUUACACCCCACAAAGGAAUCCAUCAGAGUCAAACUCCAUAG